AACAGGUGGGUUCGAUGCUGAAGGUCGUUCUGUGCGUGUGAUCGGACGGACUGAACGGCAGUGACCAGGCCGUAAAGGAACUGAUUACCUACAAGCGCCCAGAAAUUUUCUGCGGACCCUAUUGAUUUUUGUGGUUUGGCAACAUAACCCACCAUUUGGUGUGAAAUCAAAAUUGUAAAUUUUCAACUGUAAAAUUUCUUUUAAGUUACUUGUUUAGUAAGGACGAUUGGAUUAUUUACUUGUACUGUAUUGCUGUAUUGAACUCGUUACUGUGUUUGUGCUGUGCUCAAGUAUAAUUUCGAAGAUAUCUGCAUGACGUAAGAAAGAAUCAUACUAUGGAAGAUGGAUGCUGCAACACCAUUAACGACCUGCGGGAGGAAGGUAUUGAGGAGCUGGCCAUCUACACAGUGGCCGACCGUCCAGUGGACUACGUCGGUGACCGCAACAAGGCCGAAGCUACUUUGCCAAAAAAUCUCGUUUUCAGGCCAUCCAAGGCACUACCAAACGUAAAAGGAGUUUAUGCCCUCGGCGGCAUUCCCCAGGGAACGUGUUUCGGUCCGUUCGUCGGCGAAGUGUACCACGUCACCGAAGUCAACCACGUCACUAAUAAAAAGUACUUUUGGAGGGUAUAUAAAAAUGAAGGCGAGUAUUAUUAUAUUGACGGCUACGAUGUGAAAAGAGCGAACUGGAUGCGAUACGUCAAUCCAGCUUUCAGAGUGUCUGAACAGAAUCUAAUCGCCUGCCAAGUGGAUGGGGCUAUCUAUUUCUAUACAACAAAGAGUAUCCAACCCAACCAAGAGCUUCUAGUUUGGUACUGUAAAGGAUAUGCGCAGAGGAUGCAAGCAGAGGUUGAAAUAAAUAAUGGAAUACGUAUUCAAAUCAGCCCACCGUCUGAGCCCUUCGGACAUCAACCGAUACCACCCGAAACUUUGCGACUCCAAAUGUCUCAAAUCAAAAGAAACUACGAAACCCACCAGAACAUUGAUAUUCUCACCCCACCGGAAGACAGCAGCGACAGUGAUAGUGAGAACUGUGCCCUUGACUUCAGUGUUCGAGGAAAAGCUUCGAAAUCCACCGUUCUGGAAACCUCCGAAACAGACAACGUCAAGCCACCGAAACCAGACAGCGAUGGAGAGAACGAUACCGAGUACAAAUCCAGCGAUUUCCAUAGGUUGAAGUUCAAGUAUGCAAGGACGAAGCACAGGAAUGUCUCUCCUGAAAGAACAGAAGAUAAUGAUUACGAUGGUAAGCUAACCAUCAUCGAAGAUCCAGAGGAGGAGGAAAGGUUUUCCAAAAAACAAACAACAGAUCAAAACACUGAAGAAAAAACGAAAAGUGCAGAAUCUGAAAUCUAUAGAAAGGAAGAUAUGGAGGUAGACAGUCAAUAUACGCCUCCCCAACCGAGUAGCCCUAUGUGUGCCAGCAGCCCGAAAUUCCCAGAUGACGGCAUUAAUAAAAGGGAGUCUGCUUUUAUGUCUUACGACGGAACAAUAAGGAGAAUCAGCGCCGAAUAUCCUGGGCCUUUCACUCCCAAGAUUUUACAGAAUCUCCUAGCAACUCCUGAGAAUUCCUCGGUUCAGGUUCUUAGAGAAUUCCAUCGAGAUUUAAAAGAACCGACGAGCCUAUCUGAAAAUCCUGAUUCUUCCUCGCAGAGUGUGAAAAGCUUGCAAGCGCACAAGCAUAGCAUUCCAUUCGUAACUUCCAGCAGCCACGGGCAAGAGAUGCAUAGUCCCGAUUCUACAGACAAAAGCCACCUCCAGCAUGGACACAGUCCUCCGAAUCCUCUUCCGUACAACGUCCACAGCUCAACAGGUGGAUUCCUUUACGGCAGUGCUGCACCAACUAUUUUUCCUCCAUAUCCUUUUACGCCAUAUGGUGGAAGGAUCCAUCCUUCUUUGCACAGCGGACCCCCUUUUCCUACUCCCCAGUUAUCAGAAUAUACAGCUCAAAUGGCUCUUCCAUAUUCGAGCCAAUUCAGUGUUAUAAAUCACUCUAGCAGCCAACUGGACUCUCAGAAGCGUCACUAUUAUAGCACAAAUGUACAUUCAACUGCAAAUUCGGAACGGCUGAACCCAAUGCGACCGCAGUCGCCAAGAGGUGGGUCGUUAGGCCGUGGUUACAGAUCGCUGCCGUAUCCUUUGAAGAAGAAGGACGGUAAGAUGCACUACGAAUGCAAUAUCUGCUCCAAGACCUUCGGACAAUUGUCGAACCUCAAGGUUCAUCUAAGGACUCACUCUGGGGAGAGACCCUUCACAUGCCGCUUGUGCACGAAGAGCUUCACGCAACUGGCUCACUUACAAAAGCAUCAUCUAGUUCAUACUGGUGAAAAACCGCAUCAGUGCGAGGUGUGCAAGAAAAAAUUCAGCAGCACUAGCAACCUGAAAACUCAUCUGAGGCUUCACAAUGGACAGAAACCCUAUCCUUGCGAUCUAUGUCCUGCGAGGUUCACACAAUUCGUUCAUCUCAAACUGCACAAGCGUCUACACACGAAUGAAAGGCCAUUUACCUGUCAAACAUGCAACAAAAAGUACAUCAGUGCGUCAGGUCUACGCACCCACUGGAAAACCACUUCUUGCCAACCUAACAAUGUAUAUUUCGAAGGUGUGAAUGGACAGCACUACGAAUAUCCCAUGACAGACCUCAGUGACAAUGACUCGACGUCACCUCCUGCAACGCUCCCGAUAAAUGUUCCAGCCCUCCACCCCAAUUCGGACAAUUCCAGAGGGAACAUAUAUAACGGCAUCAAAAUAACACCUUACACGGACAUUAUCAGCUCGCCACCACUCUCCAAUGCAUCUUCGCACGACUCAUACUUUUCUCAAAGGUCAGUCCCUGAAUCCAUGUAUUCCACUAGCGAGCCUGGUUCCCCUGACGACGGACUCUCCAAGUGUGUGUCAGUCAGGGACAUAGCUCACCCCAUUAGAUCAAAAUAGUGAAUGACACGUUCAUAGUCUCUAGUGAUCUCCAACCAAAAUGUAGUUCUCCAUAUUGAAAUCAACUUUUGUCUCUCAAAAAGAUUCAUGAUACCUGUUGAUUCCCUAUGUAAUAUAAAAGUAAUUCAUAGUUCUUCCUGGUACCGAUGCUGGCAUCUGUUAUUAAUGUAUAAAUUGUAGUUUCUUAGAAGCAACUGAUUAUAUAUCAUACUAUUUAAAUAUAGAUUUUUUUUUCGAUAUAAUGCAAGGAAAUACUAUCUUUUCUUUUCUUUGCUAUUUUCUUCCUUUUAGAUUAGGAUCAAGAUUUAUAUCACUUUGUAGAUAAAUAGAAAUCUGAGCGUUCUGGCAUGUUCGAAAUAUCGUGAACUUUAACGAAGUGAGAUAUAAAAUGUAUAUAUUUUAAAUAUCUACAUUUUUUAUGAAAUUGGCAAAACAGUAAUAAAAAUAAUACGAUUUCAAUUUAUAGUAGAUUUUUUAUAUUAAAUUAAAAAACAAAAUUCCAAAAUCCUUUUUUAAAAAUAUUUAUCCAUUAGAAGAUAACUCUGAAAUAUUUUCUAUAAUUAAUAUUUUCAAAUUUUGCAAAUGGUAUUGAGUUCCUAUAGGUUAAGUUUACCUGAGGAAUUUUUUAAUGUAUCGAAAUUCUUUAAUUUGAGAACGAAGUGCCAAUCCAACUUUAAAAUCAAUUAUGAUCUGUGUUGAAGUUCUAACACUUUCAACAUGCCAGAACUGCGAAGGAGAAAGUCAUUCUUUUGUGUAUUUAUAUGUGCAUAAUCAUGAGUGGCAGCUUGUGUUGUAAUGUGUAUACAAAAAUUAUGUUGCUUAGAAAAAUUCAGUAUGAAAAAAAGCAGCUCUAAAGUGUUUUUGUAUCUGUAUUCUAGGAGCAGGCUUAGGCCAGCAAAACAGAUAUUUCUCUUGAUUUGUUGAUUCCUUAGUUGUUCCUAGUUCCAUGACAUUGUAAAUAUGUUAUAAUUUAAUUUAUUUUGUGCCGUCUUUAAUCAAAGAGAUGUUUUAUACUUACAUAUUUAUGUUUAACAGAUUUUAAAAGAAGAAACUCGAAUGUUUCAAAUCCUCUAUUGUCAGAUAAUUAUUUGCAUGUUUUCAUUUGUUUGAGAUUGUGAAGUUAUAUUUUGUUCGAGAAUGACUAGCUCUAAAGUCUUAUGUUUAUUUUAAUUAAUAUUAAGAAACCAGUAUUCAAUAUUCAAUUGAUAAUUUUUUUUUAAUUUUAUAAUCUUUAUUUAAAUGAAAACUAUUAAAAAAGUUUUGAAUUUUCGACUUUAAAAAAAGAAAUUUUUUAUUUUAUAGAAUUUUUAGUAUAGAAUUUUUUUUAAUUCUAAAUUUAAUAUUUGUAAUCUAAAUCUUAAAAAUAUUCAAAUACAAAAAAUAUUCUAAGAUCAAAAAAUUAUUCUUAGGUCAAAAAAAUAUUCUUUGUAUUAUUCACGAUUAAGAUGGUUUUUAUUUUACGCUCAAAGAAAAAAAAAAUAU